AAUGUUCAAAAUUCUACGCCGGUAAAACCUUCUCAGCUUACAAAAAAAUGACUCAAGCCAUGUAGAAACUCUAAGAUCAAUUCCGAAUGGUUGAAGACCAUUUAUGUUUGUGAUCAUCUCAACCCUUAAACUACGUUUAAUUCACCUAAUUUCUACUUAUCUAAUUUCUCCACUAACUUUGAUCUGAUCUUAAUAGCUUGAUUCGAUUAAACUUUGACCUCGACUCUUUUCAUUUCUCUGUAGUCUGUAAUAAGGUAACGAAUAAUAGUGCAGUAGUGCCUUCUUCUGGAGCUCACAUCAAAUCAGCAACCAACCAACAAUGGCGAUCGCCGACAUAGAGAAGAUGAUAGCAGUAGGCCUAAUUUGGGGAGCAACAAACGCCUUAAUGAGAAAAGGCGCAAUAAUCUGGGACCAAAAAUCACUCAAAUCUUCACAAUCAAAUCAAACCCCACUUCACAAUCGAAUCAUUCUCUCUCUUCAAAACUACCUCAAUCUCAUUCUAACAUGGCAGUACUCAGUUCCCCUCUUCCUUAAUCUCUCUGCUUCUGCUUCUUUCUUCGCCAUUCUUGGUCACACCCCCAUUUCUCUUGCUGUUCCUGUUACCAAUGCGACAACUUUUGCUGCUACUGCUCUUAUGGGGAUGCUUUUAGGGGAGAAAACUCGAAUUGGGUAUGCUUUGUUUGGUACUCUUUUCAUUGUUUUUGGUGUUUGGCUUUGUGUUAUGUGAUUAUAUUUUUUCUGGGGUUUUCGAGUUUGGAUUUGGGAUUUCUCCAUUUGAUUUGAUUCUGUAAAUUUGGUCGAUUUUGUAGGCUUUUUUUGUUAUAAUAUUGUUGAUCUUAUUACUUGAUAUUGUACAAAUUUUGAUUAAAUUGUAUAAGAUUGAGAUCUCAUAACUGGUCAAAUGUUUGAGGUGAUGAGAAUGGUGUGGUGUGUUGAUUUUUUCCCCUUAAUUAAAGGAUUCUUUCAUGCUAAAAGGUUGAAAUAUUACUUAAUAGCAUAUCAAUUAUCUCACUU